GACUGGCGGCGCCUCGGUCCACAGCCUGGAUGCAAGGGACUGGAGGCUGAGGAGCGGCGGUCGGGUCGGGGUGAGCCGGGCCGGGCCACUGAUGCCGCCGCCGCCGCCGCCCGUGUGUCGAGGCGAGGGGACAGACACAUACACACAGCCAUGGGCAGGGUCCGCCGCAGGAGCUGCGUCGCCCUCUCGCUCUUCGCCCUCUUCAUCCUCGGCACCCUGGUGGGUUUGAGGACCCUGAAGGGCAGCGAGGCGGACGGGUUGCCGGGUCCACUGAUGCCGGGGCCGGGGCCGGCGGCCGGCAGGGACACGCCGCUGCGAGCGGUACUGAUGGAGCCGCCAGCCCUGAGCCGGGGCAGCGCCGCCACCAACCGCGACCUGCACAUCUUCUACUACUCCUGGUACGGCAACCCGCCGCACGACGGCAGCUUCCUGCACUGGGACCACCCGCUCGUCCCCCACUGGGACCCCAAAGUGGCCGCGGGAUACCCGAGGGGCAGGCACAGCCCUCCCGACGACAUCGGCUCCAGCUUCUACCCGCAGCUCGGAGCCUACAGCUCCAGGGACCCGCAGCUCAUAGAGGGACACAUGAAGCAGCUUCAAGCUGCUGCCGUAGGGGUGUUAGUGUUGUCCUGGUACCCUUCUGGACUAGAAGAUGACUACAGUGAUCCAGUGGAUGAUCUAGUACCUGCCAUUCUGGAUGCUGCAGAAAGAUACAGUUUAAAGGUGGCAUUUCAUAUCUUGCCAUAUACAGGACGCAACGAGCGCUCGCUGUAUGAGAACGUCAAAUACAUCGUGGACAAAUAUGGAGACCAUUCAGCCUUUUACAACUACAGGACCAGCACUGGGAGAUUACUACCUAUGUUUUACAUCUAUGACUCCUAUCUGACACUCCCAGCAGCCUGGGCCAAUCUCCUCACCCCCUCUGGUUCUUCCAGUAUUCGCAAUACGCAGUAUGACGGCAUAUUCAUUGGGCUAUUGGUGGAGGAAAAGCACAAACAGGACAUCCUGGAAUCGGGAUUCGAUGGAUUAUACACUUAUUUUGCGUCCAAUGGCUUCUCAUUUGGAUCAUCCCAUCAAAAUUGGAAGACUAUCAAGACUUUCUGUGACAGCAACAACCUGAUGUUCAUUCCAAGUGUGGGGCCUGGGUACAUAGACACCAGGAUACGCCCAUGGAAUAAUCACAACACAAGGAACAGGGUCAGUGGGAAGUACUACGAAACAGCCCUUCAUGCUGCCCUCACAGUGCGGCCAGAGAUCAUAUCCAUCACGUCUUUCAAUGAAUGGCACGAGGGCACCCAGAUAGAGAAGGCCAUGCCCAAGAAGAUCGCACAGUAUACCUACUUGGACUACCAGCCACAUGAGCCAAAUCUGUAUUUGGAGUUAACCCAAAAGUGGGCCGAACACUUUAGCAAAGAGAAAGAACAAUGGCUGAUGUAAAAUAUUUACAACUGA